AUGACAAAAAACACACACUGUUUAACAAAGUAUAUCAGGGUAUUAGGUAAACAGAAUCAAUGGAACACCUAUGCUGUUUGUGUUAGUUGUCACGAAAAGUUGGACACAGAUGAAUUAUCAAAAGAAAGCUUUGUUAAUAAAAAACAACAAGUUAAAAGGCACUUAAAACAUUGUAAACAUUUCCUAGAGAAAAUUGGAAGCCAGGAAGAAGUAGAUGAAAUUGUAAAUUUAACAGACAAUGAAAAAGAGAGUCUUGUGAGUAACAAAAGACAAAAAAUUAUUGAAUUAGAUUCAGCAUUAUCAAAUCAUAUUCUUACAAAUGAAACAACAAAAUUAAAUUCAAUUCAUGACCAAAAAUUAAGUAGUGAUGAGAUUGGAGAAGUUUUGAUAUGGAAAGCUCUGGAUACAAGCUGUGAAAGAGAUCGAAUGAUUGAAACCAUACCUAAAAUCAAAUCUUUAAUUGAAGAAGUUAAAUCUAUGAAUGUAAAACUCAAUGCCAUAGUUUCGGAUAGUGCCCCUGCUUUUGCUAGAGCAAGACGCCAGCUUAGAUUGCAAUAUCCUUCUAUUGUGUUUCUGCCUUGUUUUGCCCAUCAAUGUCAAUUGGCAAUUUGUGACAUCUUUAAAGAAUCAUCUGGUUUCAAAGCAGCCUCUGCAAAAGCAAUUACUGUGGCAGGAUUCUUCAAAAAUGGAAACAAUGCCUACUUUAUUGGUAAAUUACGUAAUAUACAAAUGGACUUAUAUAAUAAAUAUUAUUCAAUUGUUGUUCCAGGUAUUGAAUCUUAUAAAAAUUUCUUAGUAACCAUUUCAGAGUCUUUACAACUCAGUAGUAAUAUGCAAGUGGUUCGCA